AUGUCACCGGGUCCUACCCCUACUGCUUCGGUCCACUUCCAAAUCCCUUGCUCCCACUCGAAAUCAGUCACUUUAGAAUAUAAGGUGUAUUUAUGUAACCUCCUACAGGUGCCGUCUCCACCAGAACUUACCGUGCAUGGUCAUCCCAGCCGUACUCGUCCGGGAAUUCCUCCACCUGAGAGAUCGACGCCGUUGACGUUACGGUUUCUCAUCGUUAUGUCCAUCAAGUGUCCAAUAAUGCGUAAUGCCUACAACAGGGCUCUACCACUCAAAGCAUUUUUCCUUUUAUUUUCCACGACUUUUCUAUGA